AUGGUAGCCAAAGAAGUACCUAGGGACAAUCCUCCAAGAUUCCCUGGGUUUGACAUGACCAAGACAUGCGAAUACCACCGGGGGGAAAGGGGGCAUGACACGGACAAUUGCUUUGCACUAAAGAUCAAGAUUCAAAACCUGUUGGACAAGGAAAUUCUAUCGUUCGAGAGAGCGCGACCCAAUGUGAAGCAAAAUCCUUUGCCCGACCAUGCCGAGGGCGUAAAUGUGGUGUUCGAAAAAGCGAACGUGAGCAAACAAACCUUCAUGGUGAACAUCCCAAGGCUAUACAAAAUUCUUCAGCUAGCUGGACACCACGAAGGAGGAAAGGAUGUGACGAGGGAGGAAAAAUUAGACUAUGUUCGUAGAAUGAUGAGCAUGGGGGUGAUCGGGAGUGCUGAUAUGGGACAGGGAUUAGUCGCCAUGACAACACCAGUCGUGAUAUACUUCUCUGAUGAAGAUUAUGCUAGUGAUCAGGAGGUGGAGGAUGUCGAGCCAGUGAUAAUUGAUCUCGCAACUGAAGAAUUCUCAGCAAUCCAGGUUGGAAGGGAGGAUAUGACGCAAGUUGUGAUCGAGCUGCCAUCCCUGGAAGAAGAAGGGGUCAUAAUCGUUGAAGCCCCUCCGGAUUUCAAUACUAAGGCGGUCCCGUGGGAUUACGAAACGGAUGAAGUGGAUGCUAUCACCCGAUCAGGUCGCUGCUAUGCGCCUGCCGAAGGAAUUGAGAAAAAAGUAGUGACCGAAGAAGACGCAAAGCAAUUUUUGACAGUGAUAAAAACGAGUGAAUUCAACGUGGUAAACCAACUGCGGAAAAUGGCAGCCCAAAUCUCUCUCCUGGAUCUUUUCAAAUCUUCUGAGAAAUACAAGGAUGCCUUAUUAAAGGUCCUUAACGAGGUUCAUGUCCCGGAGACGAUCGACGAAGCCCAGUUAGAAGAAUUUGUGGGGACCAUCCUGUUGAAGGAUCAAAUCUCUUUUGCGGACGAAGACUUUCCGGUAGAGGGCCGGAAUCAUAAUAAAGCCUUGUACAUUUCGGUUAAGCAUCACGAUAUGAUGGUCGCAAGGACAUUGAUCGAUAAUGGCUCCGCUUUGAAUUUAUGCCCGUUAGCCACUCUCCGUCUCUUAAAGGUCGAUCUAGGGAGGAUGCGUACCGCCAAAAAUCCCGUACGAGCGUUCGACGGCACUAGAAGGGAAGUAAUAGGAGAGAUAGAGUUGGAACUCCUGGUCGGUCCCGUGACGUUUCUGGUGCUUUUUCAGGUACUAGACAUCCCAAGUGCAUUCAACUUUCUAUUAGGGAGACCAUGGAUUCAUACCACGGGUGUUGUACCCUCUAGUCUCCAUCAGAAGGUGCGGUUUGUGGUCGACGGCAAGCUUGUUACAGUACAUGGAGAAACAGACUUCAAAGUCUAUCACGAGACAGCCAUCCCGUACGUGGAGCCCGAAUGCAAAGAGGAAUCCAGUUUCCAAACUCUGGAAUUAGUAUCUAUGGUCCACGUUCCCGUUGGCUCACUCAUGGGCACCCCUGAACUGUCCAACCCAACUCUAGCAGCUGGAAAAAUUAUGCUCGCAAACGGGUACAGCCACGGAGAAGGCCUCGGAUUGCAUGGGCAAGGGAUUCGGAAACCCAUCGAAGUCGGAAAAGGUGCGAGGAGGGAAGGCUUAGGGUAUCAGAGAAGCCAAGAUAAUGGAGACCGAGGCAGCCGUGAAGGUCGGGACAACGGAAGUCGAGGCAAUGAUGGAGGCCGAGGUAAUCACGGAGGCCGAGGCGGCUCUAGGGGGCGAGGUAGCAAUGUAGGCCGAAAUGGUUGUGGAGGUCGAGGUAGCGACGGAGGCCGGGGCAACCAAGGAGGCCGAGGCGCAGGUCAGGGGGACCAUGGCGGACAUAUUGGAGUGGAAAAAGGCCGCCGAGGCCUAUUACUCCCCCUAUUGAAAGAGAUGUUCCCCGGGCCUCCGAAGAUGCUACAUGAGGAAGAGGCGGCCAUCGACAGUAUAGCUAAGCUAUUCGAGGAGAAUGUCAUAUGCACUAUCCUGACCUGUGAGGAAGCUGAAUCUUUUGGAAGUGUCGCCGACCCUGUAGAGUAG